AUGCUGGGCGGUUACUUGGGAUGGCUUUCCCUCCUUUUCGAACCUCUCGCCGACUAUUACAUCCCUCCUAUUCAACCCCAAGAGCGCCUACGACCCCUUAACCAGCCCUGGGGGCAGAUCAUCACCGGAGUAUACGGCCGACCCCCAUUAUUAAAGAUCCAUGACCGCCAUGGGACAGUGGACUGGAGCUUCCACCGUAAGGACGUUAAGCAGGAGCUACCAGCCGAUGUGCAUAAAUGCCUAUAUGCAAGGGCGAAUGACGCGACAGAAGUCAAGUGGAUGAACAACGGUACCAGCGUCGGUGCCGUGUACAGUGAUCUCGCUCUCGUCAUCAACCAUACCCCGGAUAACCCUGCCACCGACAAACUCAUCACAUUCGCACUGUGUAGAAGAAACGACUUCCUUUGGAAUGCGCACACCCUUGAGCCACUCCCCGGCGAUCGACUCGCCGUAGGAACCACCCGACAGCGACCCUGGGAUGGUAUCCUCGUUUAUAACGCUAGUGCCUCGCAGCCCUUGAUGGCCAACCCUCCUAUCCUCCAAAAUAUCACCGGUCUCCGCGCGAUCCACGGACUGAUCUGGGACGAACAAGGGCAGAUGCUCUGGGCCGCCGGAACAGAUGCCGCGGCUGAUGGCUCUGAUCCGGUCCCGGCGUACGGCACGAUUAUCGGAUACCCGUGGAAUGCGGAGACGGGUUUACUUGAGAAAGACGACCGCUAUGUUUAUAAGCUCGACGAAGCGAAACGGAUCGAAGCUGAAUGGGGCAAGGGCUUUUCCUGGUGGGCUGGACUCCACGACUUAGUGCCUGUCCCUGGUGAGCGCAAGUUCCUUGUUUCCGAGGACCGUGGUCUUCAUGAGUUUGACAUCGAGCUGGGCCAGUAUACAGCACAUUAUGAAAAUGUCACCGAUAAAUAUAUGCCAGGGUUCGAGGUUACGACCCCUGACCGGCAUGGCUAUACCGAUGGCGAGUGGGAGGAGUUACCGCAGUCGGACCUCAAAAGCUUCAACUUGGCACCCGACGGCAGCUAUAUUUAUGUUCAGUCCUUGUGGACCAAGUUCCGUGGUUUCCACGUGAGCUUGGUCGUCAAUGGAAGGCGAAAGAAGAUUAAUAUUGGUGACGAGAUUUAUCGCUCGCGGUGGUUUGGGAACAUCCCUGGCUGGCCUAAACCUGGUAUUCCGGAUUCCUAG